AUGUAUAUUUUUUUAUUCACCGCCUUCAUAGUCCUUGAUUGCUCAUUCGGUAAAAUGGAGGAACAAAAAUGCUUCCCAAAAGGCAUAGAGCGUCUUCUGCUGCAUCCACCCAACGCUUGGAAGCUCCUUGAAGAUUUGAAGGACAUAUUUUAUCUCGUUUAUUACUCGAAAGACUUGGACAUGAGUAACACUUUUCCAUGCCUCAACGUUCAAAAAUCAACGUUGGAUAAACAGAGCAAGAGCGGUCAUUGUGUCUACAAAUACGCAUCAAAUACGACAGUGACGUUGACGGGAACUAAGGAGGUGAAAACUAAGACGAAAGAUGAUGCCUACAACCACCCAAACGUGUUUUCUGUGCAAUACCACGAGGGUGAAAACUAUAUAUGGCACGACAUUGAGCUGCUUUAUACAGAUUAUAUGAAUUGUGCUGUAUUAAAAUCAAAAUUCUUUGGUAUUCAAAUGUGGGCGUCCAAAUCUCAUUUAGAGAAAGUCCGAGAAAUUCCUUGGAUAUGCGCUCUUGUAUACGACCUGGCCACGGACAAGCCAAGACAGGUUUUAUAUGACUGGAAAGAGUGCCCUCUGCGGCUAAAGGAAGCGAGAAAAUAA